AUGUCCCACAUAGAGUAUGAUCGAAGAAAGGGCACCCCAUUCGUUAAUAGAAAUUUUGUGGCAAACAUCCUGAGUAAAUUCAAAAUGCCAGUUCUGCCCAACUUCACUGGAGGAGAAGAUCCAGUAUCUCAUCUAAACAAGUUUAAGAUACAAAUGAACAUCCAGAAGGUGUCUGAAGAUGCUCGAUGUAGGAUUUUUCCAGCCACAUUGUUUGACUCUGUUCAGGAAUGGUACUUCAACUUCUCUCCAGUCAGUAUAUUUUCUUGGGAGAUGUUUGUGAAUGAGUUUUACAAACAAUUUUAUGUUUGUUGGGUACAUAAAACAGAGGCUAAUCAGCUGGUCGACAUUCGACACAAGGAAGGAGAAACUCCCAAGGAGUAUAUGCAGCAGUUUAUCCGAGCAGUUGCUCAAACCAAAACUGUUGGAGACGAGGGAAAGAUGAUGGCAAUCACAGCUGGAGUGCAAUGCAAUUCUCCCCUCUGGAGGAGUUUGCAGAAGAAUGGAGUCAAGAGCACUCAAGAAUUUUUAGAUCAAUCAGACAAAUAUAUCAAGCUCGAGGAGACCAUAGCCAAUGAAGGAAAGUCCCCAAAGGCCGACCAGGGUAAUAAGGAAGACUCGACCAAAGCCCCCAAUGGGUCUAGUAAACCCAACAGCAACGGCAAAAGUAGAAGUAAAAAUGGGGGGAAAGGGGCAAACACUAAACCAACGACAUCUGAUAGCAAGCGCCCUAAACAAAAUAGAUACAAACUAAGAAUGCAGCCUUCAACGAAUGACUCAGGGACAUCGUGA